CCCCGCCCACAGCGGAGAUUAUUUUUGACAGGUAGACACAGACGGCUCGGUUCGCCCUCACAAUUGAGCUGCUUAUUUACCCCCUAAAGCCCUGCGCAGCUGGACCGAGGACCCCGGAUAGAGACGGGAGGCGGUCCGCAGCCGGGCUGAGAGCAGCGGGCCCCGGUUCGGAGCGGGUCUGGGGAUCGGUCGGCACCGACGGAAAGAACACAAGGAGGCAAAGUUUGCCUCGGCUUCGGUUCACGGCGAUACACCCUUUUUUCCUGUUCCCUCGCCUCCUCGCCUUGUUCCCUCCACACCUCGGUCCUCCAGGGCGGGACCGACGGGGAACCGCGCGGUAGCGGAUCGGUGAGGUCGGCAGGGCGGCUGAGGGCCAUGUUCAGGUAGAGACCGGCUCCACGCCCCCCCCCCACCCUCCGCCAUGCGGAAGCACCUGGACCGGAUCCGGUUCCGGGGCCAGAGGCGGGACGAGUUCCUGGAUCUGGCCGAUUCGCCCAACACGUCGGACACGGAAUGCACCGAGGAGGUCGUGAUCAAACCGCGACUCGCCGCCCGGGAGGCGGAGGAGCCGCGGGAGGCGGAGUCAGAGCAGCAGUGUGACGCGCCGGCCGGUCCGGCGACGUUUUCUGCAGACGACUCGAGGACGGAUCUCAACGAGGUCAAAGGUCACCUAGAAAUCGCUCUGUUGGAAAAACACUUCCUGCAGGAGGAGCUGCGAAAGCUCAGGGAGGAGUCCAACGUGGACGCCCUGCGGCAGGAGCUGGAGAGGGAGCGCAGCAGGUGCGCCGAGCUGGAGCAGAAGAUCAGCGACGUGGUGAAGCCCAGACUUGAAGACUCGCCUUGUCAGACGCGUAAAGCCCCGCCCCCUCCUCCACCCUCCUCCACCAGCACAGGCUCCUCUCCCUCAGACAAGCAGAAGGACACUUUGACCGACAGCUUCCUGAAGUGGCUCUACGAGCGCUUCGGCGUUUACAUCGAGGACUUCCGCUUCCAGCCGGAGGAGCAGACGGUGGAGACGGAGGAGCCGCUGAGCGCCAAGAGGUUGACUGAAAACAUGAGACGCCUCAAGCGAGGAUUCAAACCUUUGACCAAUUUCAAGAGGAACCUUACUGCCUUAUCCAGCUGGAACUCUGUCUACACGUCGGCCAUCGCCUUCAUUGUCUACAUGUAUGCGGCAUGGCACGGCUGGGCCGUCCCCAUGUUCCUGUUCCUCGCCAUCCUGCGCCUCUCCUUAAAUUGCCUCAUCGCCAGAGGCUGGAGGAUCCAGUGGAGCAUCGUACCUGAAGUCUCAGAACCGGUGGAGCCUCCCAAAGAAGAACUCACGGUGUCGGAGAAGUUCACGCUGGUUCUGGACGUCGCUCAGAAAGCUCAGAAUCUGUUUGGGAAGAUGGCAAACAUCCUGGAGAAAAUAAAGAAUCUGUUCAUGUGGGUGCAGCCAGAGUUGACUCAGAAGCUGUACGUUGGGCUGUGGCUCGCCUUCAUCUCCUCCUGCCUGCUGCCGUUCAAACUGCUGGGAUUCAUCAUAGGUGUGUACGCAGGCAUAAAGUUCUUCAUCAUCGACUUCAUCUUUAAGAGUUGCCCCAAGCUGAGGCAGCGCUUCGACACGCCUUACAUCAUCUGGACCCACCUGCCCACCGACCUGCAGCUGAAGGAGCGCGGCGGCACCACGCUGAGCAGACGGGUGGCGGUGACGGCGGGCCGAGGCAGCCUCGGCGCCGCGGCUCCUCUGGGCGUCAGCCGGGACGAGGACGGAGGACGGUACUCCAGCACCAAGAGAGGAGCUUUCCACGAGGUCUUCAGCCUGCCGGAGAGCGAGCGUCCGCUGACAGUGUGCGAGAGCGGCUGGCGCUGCUGCCUCAUCAACAGGGACCGCAAGACGCCCACGGACUACAUCCGCAACGGGUACCUCUACGUCACCGAGAAUUACCUGUGCUUCGAGAGCUCCAGCUCCAGGUCCGGAUCCUCCAAGAGGAACAAAGUCAUCAAACUGCUGGAAGUCAUCGACAUCCAGAAGUACAAAGUGUUGUCCGUGCUGCCUGGAUCCGGGAUGGGCAUCUCCAUCGCAACGCCAUCCACCCAGAAGCCCAUGGUGUUCGGAGCGAUGAUCCACAGAGACGAGGCCUUCGACGCCAUCCUCACCCAGUACACGAAGAUCCUCAACGCGAGUCCAGCCACCAGCCAUGAGACAUAGCAGCAGCUUCUCUCUCUCACACACACACACACACACACACACACACACACACCCUGGAAUGGUUUCACUGUGUUCAUCAGUGACGACUUUCAACAGUUGAUGAUUUUAUUUUGCUCUCCCGUCACUCGGGCUGCCAACCAAUCACUGCUUUCCUGUCGGGAUCCGCGGUGUCUCUGGACCCCGGCGGUUGGCUUUGCGGUGAUCCUUAGGGCUAACUUACUUCUUAACGUGUAUCCUUUAAAGGCAAAAACAAAUGGAGAGCCGGCUAAAGAUUUUGAGGAGGGUGAUGUUGCCUUUUACUAAAGCCUCACACUUGAAUUCAGUAUAAAGUAGAUUUUGUUCCUGUUUAACAUCCAUAGAUGUUUUUCCUUCUCUUAAUUAUAUCCCUGUUAAGCUGCAAAACCUCCUGCACAGAUCCUUCACAUUAAAAGUGCUCCAAGGGCACACACCUCCUUUUACUUGGGAGGCUUUUAAUGUGAAACACUUUCUGCAUUCAAGUUCAAUCGGCUUGUUGAGGCUCAGCUGGUUGUUUGAUUUCACCUCACUACAAUGGGAAGGAUUACUCUAUUAGCAUUUGUGAGGAUAGUUUCAUCAUUGAAGUCACAUCAAUAGAAACCUAAAGCAUUCUCUUUUAGAGCUUUGCCAAUGUGAGAAAAGUGCUGUUUGUUUUAUGCAUCAUUGUGAACUGAAUAGCUCUCAGGUUGGGACUGUUAUUCCAUAACACAACACAGGUGAAAAUCACGCUAUUUUAAUCUCUCUGGCUUCAAACAGGGCAUUUAAAUUCAACUUUAAAAAGUAGAAUGAUAACUGAGAAAGUAAGCAAUUAACUCCCAAAUAAUCAGUUUACAAUGAUUUUUAAAACCGUACUUACUUUGCUGAUGGCGUGUCACGUGUUACACGUGUUCCAGUGUUUUUGACUUAAUAACAAGUUCAAUCUGUUUUACAGUAUUAGCAGAUUAACAUUUUUAGACCAUUCAUUUACAUCAGUGUCUUCAGGGAUUUGUAAAAUCGUCAUUAUAUGCCUCUGUAUUGUACUUAGCAGGUUAGCCUACAGUAAUAUUAUGGUAUGUUCGUUAUGUGGUGGUCAGAGAUGGUUUGUAUUCUAUUGUUCAAUAUUAUUUAAUGUGAACCACAGAAUUCAUCUCAAACUACUUUUCUGUCUUCGUUAAAAGCUUAAAAGCUAAAGCUAACAAUGUAAACCACCAAUGUUACUUUAGUGUAGCUCUUAUAAUUGAGCUAAAAGCUAAAGCUAACAAUGUAAACCACCAAUGUUACUUUAGUGUAGCUCUUAUAAUUGAGCUAAAAGCUAAAGCUAACAAUGUAAACCACCAAUGUUACUUUAGUGUAGCUCUUAUAAUUGAGCUAAUAGCUAAAGCUAACAAUGUAAACCACUAAUGUUACUUCAGUGUUGCGCUUUUAUGUUUUAGCAAAAAAAAUGUUCAACCCCCUAAAUUUUCGAGAUUUAAUCUCUAUUAAUUGGUCUAUGGCUUUAGCUUUCUUUCCCAACCAAUAAGAUAAAGCUUAUUUUGCCAUAUUUUGAGUCCAAUAUCAACACUUUGUCCAAUUUGUUUCUGCUUGUUAGAUAAAGCUAAACAAUUAAAAAAAAUGCAAUAAGCUGAACGGUAAUAACGGUUUCGUGUACCGUUCAGUUUAUUUAGUUUUAGCAUUCACAGCCAACAAAGAGCAGUGUUGAAUGUUCCUGCUUGUACUAUUAACCCGACCUUCAUUGCUUGAUGUCGUUAAAUAUUAUUAAUCAAUAUUUAUUCGAUUGGUGUGAGUUCCAGAACUGGAAAAACUCACUAGGCUUAAAAAUUAGAUUUUUCAAAAUGGAAUCUAGUUCUUCUAACUUCGAUGUUUUCCUGUCCUUUUAAACUUUGAAUGUGGAAACUUGGAAGACGACAUGUUGUAUUUUAUUGAGCAAACACGUGUCAGACUUGAUUCAAAUGUCCUGACGUUAGGUUCACAAAUUUAUUUUUCUAUUUAUUUUGACACCACUUGAAUGCAGCACAAAUCUCUAAAAGCUAAAGAAGCGAAACAAAACGACGCCGUAAAACAGAGUCUAAAACUUAUCACUGUUUUCUAAUCGGCAAAAGCUGAACGAGUUAAAACCAGAUUUUUUAAAAACCUUGUUCGAAGCCGGCAAGUGUUUAUAGGAUAAAAAAGGAGCUAAUAUGUUGUCCGCAUUUUAAACUUUUAGUAGAAAAUUGGAAUCGAAAUAAGAGGACGAGAUCCGUUUUUUAGUUUUUGGAUAAAUUAAGAAAACCACUUUGUUUUUUUGCACUCUGAUGGUGUUUGCCGGUUAAAGGGCCGUGUACAUUUUAUAAUCCUGUGUUGUAGCUGCUCGUCGUCACUGUGUAGAACUACUAACUGUCAGUCUGGAGGCUGACACACCAGCAUACAUUACUUUUACUUCACAGGAAAUUCACUCAAUUUUGUUGGAAAUGAUUAUUGUUAAAAAAAGGCUUGUUUUUUAAUGAGUAAAAUGAGGUAAUAUUACUGGUAAUAGCGGUUUCUAACUUAGCAUAAUGACGGCGUCAGUAUAAUAUUAUAUGAAUGUUUCUAUCCUAUUCAAAUACAUUUUUGAUAGAUCUUUUCUCACUUCCUCUCAAAGCUCGGUCGUUUCCAAGUAUUUUAGUCUUUUGUAGUUUUUGUUUCUUAUAAAAAUAUGGGUUUCUUUCUAUAUAUAUUUUUUGCAGUAUUGAUGCCAGUUAUUAACGCCACAUUGCCUCGUUUAGAUUUUGUGUUUUAUGCGCUUCCUGUUUCACUUCAGUUUCGUUUUUUUUUGUUAAUGUUAUUCAUCAGGUUUUAUUUUCGCUCGGCCAUGUUGAGUCUUUUUGAUUUAAUGAUUUUAUAAAAUGGAGUCAAUGUAAAAAAAAAAAUCUUUUUUUUAAAGUAAAAAAAUGUCAGUC